AAGACGUUCAGUUUCUUUGGCGAAAUGAAAACAUUGAUAGCUAAAGCAAUAAGGGUUAGAUUAUUUGAUAUUCAGAGUUAUUAUAAAACAAUUUAACGAAACUAUUAUAUAAGUGGAAGGCAGGGACUGGGCACAUUCACGCAUCACAAUUCCAAAGUGCAAACUGUUGCAAUACAUUUUGAGCAAAUACAGUUAUCCUAAACAACCUAAUGUAAUAUGAUUGUUCAUUAAUCAUGCAACUCUAUAUAUGAGAUAGGCAUUGUUGAACUAUUCCUCCGGAUGACAGAUCAUGUGAAGUGGUGAAAGCUGAUGUCUCAGGUGUGACCGGCGCGCGCUGUUGAGAAAGAACAUUGCAGAGAUUUACACAGAACCGCAGGACCGAGCGCAGCUUUCCCGUAGGGCAGGCUUGAGUGGUUUCAAACAAGAAACUGCGCUACACUUUAUACAUUGACAGCAAGAACCAUUGUAGAUUAGAGUUUACAAAAAAUCUAGCACAAGCAUAGGCAACAUUUUAAACAUAAUCGAGGGGAUCAUACGCGCGCAAAAUGCUAUAUUAUUUCAAAUCCAUUUACUCAGCCUGUGUUAUAAUCAGUGUCAUUUUGAUGCCGUUAUCUUUUGGUGAGAUGUAUACGUCAUUAUUGAACGUAAAACAAGCCAUCAAUGUUGAAAGACAACUUAUUGAUCAUUUAGAAACUUACAUCGAACACGAAUCGGAGAGACUUGAAGACAUCAAAAGGUUUUAUGCAAAGGUGUCAGACUUGCACAGUGAGGUGUACAGUGGACCGUCAGCUGCUAUGGCAAACCCCUUGGUGGCGUUCACUCUUAUCAAGCGCUUGCAAUCCGAGUGGCGGAAUCUGAUCUACAGUGAUGAAGCACAAGAAAACACCCAAGACUUCAGGUCUGGUUACGAGGAGGUGGAGAAGGAGGGCAGCUUGCCCAAACUGGAGGACCUUCAGGGGGCUGCCAAGGGGCUGAUGAGGCUGCAGGAUGUGUAUGCCCUUCAAGUGGGGGGACUUGUGAGAGGUCACUUCCAGAGGAUCACUGACGGCAACCCCAUUGACAUCUACAGUCCCACAGUAUCUGUUCCUCUUUCUGGGGAUGAUUGCUUCCUAGUUGGGAAGGUUGCCUAUGAGCUGGAGGACUACUACCACUCAGUGCAGUGGCUGGAGGAGUCAGUGCGUCUGUUCCGAGGGGCAGGGGGGGAAUGGAGUCCAGAGAAUGAGGGAACUCUGGAAGAUGCUCUGGAUCACCUGGCCUUUUCUCACUUCAAGACAGGAAACAUUUCCUAUGCACUGAGUCUCUCUCAGGAGUUGUUGAACCAUGAUCCCAUGAACGGGAGAGUUUUGAAGAAUGUACAGAAGUAUGAGCGACUGCUAGUUGACAGUCCACCCUUACUGAGCACUGACACUGGGUUGAAGAGGCCCAACACCACCUAUCUACGGACAAGGAACACCUAUGAGAGACUAUGUCGAACACAGGGCACUCAGCCAACGCAUUAUGAAAACCCCCGGCUGUUCUGUGACUAUUUCAACAAUGACAGUCCUGGGUUGCUACUGCAGCCAAUCAGACGUGAGGUGCUGAGCCUGCAGCCUUACGUGGUCCUUUACCACAGCUUCAUCACUGACUCAGAGGCAGAGAGCAUCAGGGACCUCGCCCAGACAGGGUUAAGGAGAUCUGUAGUGGCAUCUGGAGAGGAACAGGCUACUGCAGAGUAUCGCAUCAGCAAGAGUGCAUGGUUAAAGGAGACAGCCCACCCUAUCAUUGGGAGGCUGGACCAGAGAAUCACCUUGCUCACAAGUCUCAAUGUGCAGCCUCCGUAUGCAGAGUACCUCCAAGUGGUGAACUAUGGGAUUGGAGGACACUAUGAACCCCAUUUUGACCAUGCAACGUCAGCAUCAAGCCCCCUUUUUAGGCUCAACACUGGGAAUCGAGUGGCAACCUUCAUGAUAUACCUCAGCUCUGUGGAUGCAGGUGGGUCCACAGCCUUCAUCCAUGCUAACUUCAGCGUUCCUGUUCUGGAGAAUGCUGCCCUCUUCUGGUGGAACCUCCAUCGGAACGGUCAAGGAGAUGGGGACACUCUGCAUGCUGGCUGCCCUGUUCUUGUUGGGGACAAAUGGGUGGCUAACAAAUGGAUCCAUGAGUACGGCCAGGAGUUCCAGAGACGCUGUAGCCCCAAUCCUGAGGAGUGAGAAGAGAGAAAGCAGCUGCUGGGACCGCUUGGAGUACAAGAGCCAGUCUCCACAAUGGAGCCGCGCGCACCACGCAGGCAGGAACGAGAGAGGGCAUGAGAAGCGCUAGCGGCUGGGGGAGGGGAAGGCAACCAAGGAGCAGCCUGCAUCUGUGAUUGGAGCUUCAGGCCCAAGGGAAUGAGGAGCACAGACACUGCUGGAGGGGGCUGGAAUGGCAGGAGG